AUGGAGGCAAUGGAGGCCCAUCUCUCCUUAUGCCGCCCUCCGACGUGGCCGACCAGCCACCCCGGCUAUGACCCCAAUCUCACACCGCAAUGCCACGGCCCCUCCCCCUCGACCUCGAACCCUCCACUUGCCGCCCCUCCUCUCCCCAACGUCUUGAAACCUUUCGUGGUCCAGAAUAAUUAUUCCGGCCGCGGUUGCCAACUCGAUCCGGAUCAACAGCUCCGACUGGUUGAGAUCUGUCGGUAUGCCAUGGAACACUGCGAUCCGAAAGCCUACCCGAAGAGUUUCUGGAUUAACAUCGCUGCGACGUUCGAAAAAGUCACCGGUCGCAGCUACUCUUGGCAGUCGUGCCGUCGACGCAUGAUCACCCUGGUCACCAAACGACUCGAAUUCUGGGCCGUCUUCGAGGAUUGUGUCCGCCAGAAGGAAUAUCCCGACGACGACGUGAUGGAAGAUGUGGCCGACGAGCUGGAUACCUGGCUGGAGUGCGAGGGACGAGUUCCGCACGACUGUUUGCAUAAGAAGGACGAGUUGUGGAAGGCGCAUGAUGCGUCACGGCGCGCCCCCCGCCCGCCAGAGAAGACGAGCCCUCAACUGACCCGCACCCCGGAAGUCCCGCAUGGCGCGAAAAUCCAGCGGGUCGUCAAUUGGGUCAUGGGUCUGCCAUCCUUGGACGAAAUGGAGCUACUCCCGCUGCACUGGGGUGAAUCUCGAAUGGAGUUCUCUUGUCGGAGUCGGGUCAAUGCAGACGACGAACGCCUGUUGGCUCACUCCCAGUCCCAAUCUCAAUCCCGCUCGCCCGGUCAGGAUGCCAACAUUUCGUAUCAUCCACGCUCUCGCUCGCCACAGGCAACCCGACCGACCCGAGCCAUGAACCCCGUGCUGGCUUUGGAUAAGAUCGGUCAGAAAUUCCACGCCGCCGCAAUGAACCUACAUCCGCCUCUUCAACAGCGCGUCAAUCCGACCGGGGCAGAUGAAACCUCCACCACACAGAGCCCCCUCCCCGUUGUCACCGCUGCCCCCGCUGCCUCCAUUGCUCCCGUGGGCCCCGUUGCUCCCCCGAUUGCCCAGUCGACCAACAAGCGACCGCGGGACGAUGACCAUGAGGCAAAUGAUCGACCGGUCCGCCGCCUUCGUCAAACACCUCGCAGUCAUCCGUCGGAGACGCCGGCAUCUGACCAACUGGGCCUGCCGCAAACUCAUCUAAACAGCGUCGAAAACUCGGUGGAUGUUGUUUUUGGCAAUUUCUGGGGCGGGCUAGCUCCGCUCUUUGGGGAUCGUGAUCUCAAGCAGCAAGCAUCGGCUACCAAAUCGGAGUCCGUCAUGCGUGAUAUGCUUCGGGACAUCGCCACCGCAAUCACCAAGGCCGUCUUGAAAAUGAGAGAGGCCGACGACAACGAAGCUUGA